AUGCAAGCAUCAGCCCAUGAAUUGGUUUGCCGCCUUUGGACAGAGGUUGUAGACGACGAAAAUUCCUCGUCGACUUCGGUUGACAAUCUAAUUAUGGAACUACUUGUUGAAGCUGCAAAAGGCAACCUUGCGACCUAUCAUGCUGAAGGGAAAAACAACAUGUUGCACUUAGCUGGAGAAUCGCCUUCUUUAGAUCGACUGAACAUCAUCUCAGGAGCAGCCCUUCAAAUGCAACGAGAAUUGUUGUGGUUUCAAGAGAUAGAAAAGAUCGUGCCUAAGUCAUAUGUGAACAAGCUGAAUGAAAAAGGAGAAACACCUAGGGAUAUAUUUGUGAGGAACCAUGAAAAACUACAGAAGAAUGGUGAACAAUGGAUGAAUAACACGGCAAACUCUUGCAUGCUUGUGGCAACACUAAUUGCGACUGUGGUUUUUCCAGCUGCUUUCACAGUACCGGGUGGCAACAAUCAAGAAACAGGCAUUCCUAUAUUUCUAUAA